UCAUGAUGGGCUCUCAAGAUUCUGUGACAAAUCCUGAGAGCUCAGCCCUUGCAGUUAAAGGAAAUCCAUUUAACAACAAUGAUCACAAACCGAAGAAAGGGCGACCAUGGUGUGAUCAUUGCCGACGUCCUGGUCACACCAAGGACACCUGCUGGAAGAUUCAUGGCAAACCUGCAGAUUGGAAGCCUUCCCGGUUUGCCAAUGACAAAGAAGGACGGGGCAACCUCGUCUCCAUGGAUGAAAAACCAUCACCCGAACCCACUCCCUUCAGCAAGGAACAGAUAGAAGUCCUACAGAAAUUGUUCAGCCAAUCCUUGCCUGCAGCUGUCCCCACUGUGGUUGGUACUGGUUCCUUGGCACAAAAAGGUCUUGGACUCGGGGAAGACGAUUGGCAGUGCUAAGAUGUGUUCGGGGCUCUAUCUUCUAGAGGUUAAUGAUCCUCCUCAAGGAUCAACUCAUCAUUCUGAUUGUUCAGUGUCCAGUAGUCCUAUUUCUUUGUCUGUGAGUCAGUCUAAUAAUGAUAGUGCAGUUAUGUUGUGGCACUAUAGGUUAGGUCAUCCAAAUUUCUUGUAUCUUGAGAAGUUGUUUCCUUCAUUAUUCCAUAAUAAAAAUCCAAAUGAGUUUCAAUGUGA